AUGCAGCCGACAAGGUGGCUACUGAAAGGCCGAUCAGUGUGGAAAGGCAAGCUCCCUUCCGAACCUCUAACCUCCAACACAUGGGCCUCACAUCGUACCGUAAGAACUUCAGAGAUACCGAACAUAAGCAAGGGACUAACGCAAGACGCGAACCCCCCAUAUAGGCUUCCCAUCGUCCGCGUAGUCCCCGGCCAGGACCCCAAGCCGAUUAUGACGCAGGCCCGCGCCGCCACCAUCCUGCCCAGCUUCGUGGGCCUCAAGUUCCAGGUGUACAACGGCAAGGAGUACUACGACGUCGCCAUCACCGAAGAGAUGGUCGGCCACAAGCUCGGCGAGUUCGCCCCGUACGUCUCGUCUCCCCCUCAGCCCUCCGUAUUCUGUUCAUACGCAAGCGAAGUCACUAAUGUUGCUGUUUACCUAGGACGAGAAAGCCCUUCAUCUGGUCGAGAGCGAAGUAGAGUGGGAACGAUGAGGUUGAGAGGUGGACAUACCCCGGCGUUCGAGGCGAUUGGAGGGGCAUUUACGAGCUAAUGCUCUGCCUGUAUAUCACGCACAAUGCAAAUGUAAAACAUUCUCAACGGAGGCAGACAGAUCAUGCGCCAAUUCGUGACACCUGUUUGUUCGUAUGCAAUUUAUUCCGACAGUCUGUACGACUGCCGGCGCCUUGUACAAUCGAGAGCUGGUCUUUCACUGCCGCAUUGCAGCUGAUGAAGCGCACAGCAAAACAAAGCCUAGCCUAGUCCUAUGUGAAAAGCGAACACAAAAGCCGAUCCUGAACGCCAAUGCCUGAUACCCUAGCCCUGAUCAUAAAGGAUGCUAG